AGCACUUAGCAGAGUGGCUUGUUGUCAAGAUAAAGGGUGUGCACUGUCGGGCCAGGAGGCCUGAGCAGUGAGGCUCCCUGCUGUCUGCGCCCAGCCCCAGGACAUGCAGAACUUUCCUCUAGGGCCUGACCCUCCGCCAUGAGUUCCUGCCUGUGGAGGCUCAGCCGCCUGAGCCCGGGGGUCCGGUGGUCCUUGCUCCUGGCUGUGCUCAUCUUCUUCCUCUUCGCCCUGCCCUCCUUGAUUAAGGAGCCCAGCACAAAGCCUUCCAGGUAUCAGUCUAAACAGAACAUUAAAAUGAGAGCUCCAGAGUUACCACAAGUGGCUGUGUCCCAGGCGCCCACCAUGGGAAGGAGGACAGCUGACGAUGUGGAGUCAGAGCCAGGCGACAGUCUCCUCAGCACUCAGCGCCAGCCCAGAGCCCACAUGGCAGGGGACAGCAGGACGGAGCCCAGCAAGGAUCCCCCAAGGGAGUGGGGCCAAGUGGCCACCCCACAGGUGGCAUUACCGAAGAGGCAGGAAAAAGAGAAAGCCACGGCAGCCACACCCAGAGGUCCGGGCUUGGGGACAGAGGUUCCACUACUGAAGACUUGGGGCACAGAGAUGACCAGAAGAAGGGAGGGCCAGACAGGGAAGCCGAUGGCCACAAGGCCAGUGUUGGCUCAGGGCAAAGCAGUCACCACUGCAAAGACAGCCUUUCCAGAAAGUCAGGACGUGCUGCUGACCACAGUGGGAGCAAGGUCAAUGAGGGGACAGAGAGAAGUGACCACAGCAGCUGUCUCACCAAAGGAGAAGGUGACUCAGGCCACCCCACCUGUCCCGCCCAAGGAGAAGAAGGCUCAGGCCACUCCACCCACUGCCCCUCUCCAGAACCACACCACACAGAGAGCCCAGAGAAAAGAACUGAAGGCCGCUAACUUCAAAGCUGAACCUCAGUGGGAUUUUGAGGAAAAAUACAGUUUAGAGGAGGGGGGCCUUCAGACGACCUGCACAGGUUCUGUGAAGGUCAAAGCCUCCAAGUCACCAUGGCUCCGGAAUCUCUUUCUGCCAAACCUCACCCUCUUCCUGGACACCAGCCGCUUCAACCAGAGUGAGUGGGAGCGCCUGGAACACUUUGCUCCGCCCUUUGGCUUCAUGGAGCUCAAUCACUCUUUGGUGCAGAAGGUGGUGACACGCUUCCCUCCCGUGCACCAGCAGCAGCUGCUCCUGGCUGGCCUCCCCGCUGGGAGCUCCCGGUGCACCACCUGUGCCGUGGUGGGCAACGGGGGCAUCCUGAACAACUCCCACGUGGGCCAAGAGAUAGACAGGCAUGACUAUGUGUUCCGACUGAGUGGGGCUCUCAUUAAAGGCUAUGAGCAGGAUGUGGGUACCCGGACAUCCUUCUAUGGCUUUACCGCCUUCUCUGUCACCCAGUCACUUCUUGCCUUGGGCAGGCGGGGGUUCCAGAGCGUGCCUGUGGGGAAGGACAUCCACUACCUGCAUUUCCUGGAAGGCACCCGGGAUUAUGAGUGGCUGGAAGCACUACUUCUGAAUCAGACCGUGAAGUCAAAGACUCUUUACUGGCACGGGCGGCCCCAGGAAGCGUUUCAGAAAGCCUUGCGAUUGAACAGAUACCUAUUGCUGCACCCAGACUUUCUCCGGUACAUGAAGAACAGGUUUCUGAGGUCUAAGACCCUAAACGGUGCCCACUGGAGAAUAUACCGCCCCACCACUGGGGCCCUGCUGCUGCUCACCGCCCUUCACCUCUGUGACCAGGUGAGUGCCUACGGCUUCAUCACCGAGGGUCACGAGCGCUUUUCUGAUCACUACUAUGAUAAGUCAUGGAAAAAACUGAUCUUUUAUAUAAACCAUGACUUCAAGUUAGAGCGAGACGUCUGGAAGCGGCUACAUGAUGAAGGUAUAAUCCGGCUGUACCAGCGGCCAGCAACUGCUGAAGCAAAGAACUGACUGGGGCCGGCUGGAGGCGUCUCUUCCCCACUUCCAAGGCACAGUGCGGUGCCAGUCUUGAGACUCUUCUAGUGUUUCUCAGGGAUCCGGCCAGUGUCCAGCCCCUCUGAGAGCUUGGGGGGAACACUCGAAAAGAGGACAAGACUCUCUCAAGAUGGCAAAUGAUUGGUCAUGGUUUACAAGUUCUUCAGAACAUUGCUGUACAUUCUGAAGGCGAUUCCUGAGACCAGGGACUUUCAAUCAAAUGGGGUGAUGAAUGGUCAAUACCACAAUUUCUGCUGGAAAGCAUUUUCCUGUCCAAAAGCUACCUGGUACCAAGCCAGGCACCGUGGCUCAUGCCUGUAGUCCCAGCAGUCUGGGAGUCCGAGGCGGGUAGAUUGCCUGAGCUCACAGGUUUGAGACCAGCCUGAGCCAGAGCAAGACCCCGUCUCCAAAAAUAGCCAGGCAUUGUGGUGGGCGCCUGUAGUCCCAGCUACUUGGAGGCUGAGGCAAGAGAAUCCGCUUGAGCCCAAGAGUUUGAGGUUGCUGUGAGCUGUGAAGCCACAGCACUCUACUGAGGGCGACAAAGUGAAACUCUGUCUCAAAAAACAAACAAAAAAAAAGUUACAGAGGAAGGAGCCAUAACUUACAGAGACAUAUAGAUCUGAUUUGAAUUCCAGAUCUUUUGUUUAGAAGCUGUGAAACCUUGAAGGUGUUACCUAAUUUCAUUACAGAUCGGCUAGAGGACCCUUUCAGGGUGUCUGAUUCUAGAAGAGUCUGCUCUUGUGUUUGAACUAUUCGAUAACUCUGUGCAUUGUAGACAAUAGAUAGUAAUAUAAAUGAUUCUUGUCCAUAGAGAUACAAAUACAUUUUGGGCAAGGAAGGUACGGUUAAUUAUUUCCUUGUGGAUAAUGAUCAGUUUUGUACCUAUUAGCAAAUUCUUUUUAAUAUUCCUGAUUACCUGUGUGUCUAUGUUAUUCCUAUAUUAAUGAGUCAAAUCUUUGACAUAUAUUAAUUUUAUUUGCUAUUUAUUAUUAUCAUUAUUAUUAUUAAGACAGAGUCACACUCUGUUGCCCAAGCUAGAAUGCCAUGGCCUCAGCCUACCUCACAGCAAACUCAAACUCCUGGGCUCAAAUGAUCCUCCUGUCUCAGCCUCUCGAGUAGCUAAGGCUGCAGGAGCCCACCACAAAGCAGGCUAAUUUUUGUAUUUUACUAGAGACAAGGUCUUGCUCUUGCUCGUGCUCGGGUGGGUCUUGAACUCCUGGUCUCAAGUGAUCCUCCCUCCUCAACUUCCCGGAGUACUAGGAUUACAGGUCUGAGCCACUGGGCCAGGCCUAUAUAUUCAUUUUAUAUUGGUAUGAAAUUCAUGACUUUACCCUUUGGAAAAAUCAUCCUUUAACAUUUUUUUAGAUCACAAUUUUCUAAUUUGUAAAAUGGCUUUUGGGGUGUACGUUUUUAUAAGAAUUUUUUAAAUGACUGUAGGUGAACAGC